GUGUCACAAUGAGUUUUCUUGAAUCCUUACAAAAAAAGAAAGACACAUUGAGAUCUACCGAGACAACUGUUAGGACUUCAGCCGGGGACGUCUACUUGGAGAAAAAGAACAAAAAGGGGGAUUCUGUCUUGGAAAAAGUUGAUAGAGGACCCGGUUAUGUUGUUGAUAUGAAGCCAGAUUUGCAGGUGGCGGAAGUUCUACCGGGAUUGCUCAUGGGGUCACAGGAUGUGGCGCAAGACGAAGAACUGGUCAAGUAUCACGGCAUCACUCAUAUCCUCAGCGUAGGAGUUACAGUCAAGGACAUUCCUGGUGUUCGACACACCUACAUAGAAGCACUGGAUCUACCAGAGUUUGACAUGAAUAUAGUUUUUGACGAGUGCACUCGGAUUAUUAAUGAUGAAAUAAAAUCAAAAGGAGUAAUAUACGUACACUGCAAUGCUGGGGUUUCCCGCUCAGCAUCCGUUAUCAUUGCUUAUUUGAUGAAAACAGAGAGAAUUCAUUAUCUGACAGCUUACGAGCGUUUGAAAAUGAUUCGUCCUUGCAUCAAACCUAAUGAAGGAUUUAUAACACAGUUGCUGCUUUUUGAUGGUUGAUCUUUUGUUAGUAAAAUAUUUUUUGUUACA